AUGUCAAGUGAAAACCUUCCCCCAGAUGUUAUUAGAAGAGUACUAAAAGAAUUAAAAGACUUGACCUCGAACCCAUUAGAAGAUAUUACAUUAUUACCAUCAGAAGAAGAUCUUACCAAUAUUGAAGCUGUUGUUGUUGGACCAGCAGGAACACCAUAUGAAAAUGGUUAUUUUAAAGCAAAGUUAAUUUUAUCACCAGAUUUUCCCAAAGUGCCACCAAAAGCAAAUUUUAUAACUAAAAUAUUUCACCCCAAUGUUUCUAAAAAAGGUGAAAUCUGUGUAAAUACAUUAAAGAAAGAUUGGAGUGAAGAUUUAGGUAUUAAACAUAUUUUAUUGACUAUUAAAUGUUUAUUAAUUGUACCAAAUGCUGAAUCAUCAUUAAAUGAAGAUGCUUCAAGAUUACUUUUAGAGAAUUAUGAUGAUUAUUGUAAACAAGCUAAAUUAUUUACAUCAAUUCACGCAUCAAAACCAAUUGGUAAUGCUAAAGAAUCCACCACCACAACCGCAUCUCCUUCGACCACUACAACUUCAUCAGACUCAACAUCUACAACCACCACUACAACUACAUCAACCGCUACAGCCUCAUCACCUGUUAAAAAGAAAGCUGAAACUGCAACCAAAGCACAACCAAAAAAGAGUUUAAAGAGAUUAUAA